UGUCGGUCAUUGUCGGCUCAGCUCACGGGGGCGCCUGCCUCAUGGAAUGACAGCAUGGCAACACUGCUGGCCAUCAUACUCGUCUGCUCUUCGGCUAGCUCGGGAACAACCUUUGUCUUCGGCUGGCCACCCAAGCCGCAAGCUAUCCCGCGACUGAGCAGACCCAUCUAUCGAAAGAGCGCUGAGAUCAAGGAUGUUCAGCUCCGUUGCAGAGGCUCAGAUUCGGACACUUCAUCGGAAGAUGGCCUGGGCUUGCGGUACCUGAGAGGAGAGCAAGGUAGUAGCGAUGAGGAGGAUGCAGAGGAGAUGACGCCUGCAUUGGCGGCAAGACAAGCGAACGCAUACCAUCACGACAAGUCUGCGCCGUCAUUCGACGAGUAUCUCGGUCUGCCGACAACCUUGUUGGCUUCACUCCUCAUGCCCGACAAAGAGCUCUGCAACCAAAAGCUCGAGCUCGUCGUUGACGCUAAGUCAUUCAUAGGCCAUCCCGUCUGGCUCAGCUCAGCUUCAAGUGCACCCAAGAGCGAUGCGCAACGGAGGAGUGACAUCAAGACGCACGACUUUGCAGCCGAUGCGGCGACGAACGAGGCAGCGCAGCCAAGCACGCGGUCGCGUCGUGGCAUUGAAGCCUUUCACCUUGUGCUUGUCAUUGAUACUCCAAGCGAUCGACAUCUCAGUCGUCAUCUUGAUGUCUACUACCAAUCUGUCGCGGUCAAAUUGACCGCUGCGCUCAAGUACGUAGAAAAGCGUAGCGGCUACGUGACGAAUGCAAUCAGAAACAUCGUGCGCGAUCGAGAGAACGCACUCGAAAAGGGCACAAGCUAUGCGCAAUACAUGGAAGACAUUUCAAAAUCUUCUGGACUGUGUCAGCAGCUAGUGACGCUAUAUGCUGCUCUCAAAGCCGAGCCAGAACCAGCAGUAGCAAAGCUUACUUUUGACGACCAUCUCGACAUGUCUGUGCAGCUCAAUACGAUCCUGCUCGAUCGUAACAUGUACGCUGAUGCAGAAGCUGGCAACCUGAAGCGGUCUGCCAUUCCCGAUGCCCUGUGUCAGCCUUGGCAAACCGCACUGCCGUUGGAAGAGCCUGCAAAUAUUGCCAAGCAGCUCGAUCAGAAUGACGGCGUACUACAGCGCUUCCUCAGCGUCAUGACGCCCUCGCUCAGUAUUUCGGAGAUCCAGAUGGCUCUCGACCUCAACAGUACCACCGUGCGCAAGAUCGUCGGCCACCUCGUGCGAUGGAACAAAGCUCGUGUGAUCGAGACAGUCUCCUUGCGCCACGUAUACGGACCUGCGCCGACACUACAGCCACGCAAACUGGCGCUGCUGUCUAGUCAAUUCCGCAGACACUUUGACGAGCCUCCUCUGGCCAUAUUGCUUCAUCACCUCGCUCCUUCGGUGACUUUUGCAAUCGUAUUAUCAGGCUUGGCAGAGAAAGGCUAUAUGAUCGACAAGGCGACAGGCUUGCAGAUGCUCAUCUGGCUGUUGCAGAACAACAUUGCCAUUCAGCAUACUGAAACUUAUCGGCUGCUUGUAACGCCAGAGACCAAGUGGGCUGCCUCAGCUGCAGUAGCACGCGAGCAUUCUCGACCAGACAAUCGCGCGACUCUUUCCCCGGAGGCCGAUAUUGGCCACGAACUUGCUGUGCCUCUGAGCGCUUCUUCGGAUGGGAAACUUUCGCCCUUUCGACAAGUAAGCUCAGAACAGCUCAGACGACUCUGGAACAUCUCCAAAAAACCUUCUCUUGAUGCUACUGCUACCUUGAUCGCAGAUCCCGUCAGACCGACAGAGCAAGAGAAGACCUGGAUCGCUCAGAUAGGUAGCUCGCUAGAGCCUAAACAACGCGAGCUCUUCGAAUCAUGUGUUGGUCUCUUUGACGGCGUCACGUCGGCCUCCGCGAUCAUCUACCUUGCUGACACUACGCGGACGAAGCUCCAGAAGCUAGUCAAGGCGCUCGAUCAGUCACUCGUUACGGUCAUAGCUGCUCAAUAGAAUCACAACACGACUGUACAUUUACAUUGCUGUUGCUUGUGCCACUAAGGCAUAUACUGUUUAUUGUCCGAAUCAGCCGUCCAUUGGUGAAGAUGAGAUAGGGACUCACGAUGCGAGAAUAGCCAUCGACUCUUGUUCGACAGCACGGACAGAGAUGUUCGGAAGCUUUGUACCGACCAGCCAUGUUCUCUC